AUGGUUGCCCCUGCACUAAUGUCUAAGGAGGUCAAAGAUAUUGGGUCCUCUUGUACUAUUGAGAGGGAGAUAAUCUUCUUUUGGAACGAUGUUGAUAUCUCUCCAUUGGAACACAGAAAGAUGGUAGUUUUGGAGACUUGUUCAUUACUGAAGAGGGAUUACAUGGCAUUCUUUCCUGACUCUUUCUCUCCUUACUUAUACUUCUACCUCCCCUUCAUUAAGGACAUGAGGCUUCUUUUUCAUUCUUCCACUUGCGAGGUGAAAGUUAUGAAAGUUCUUAACUUUAUGCAUUAUCGGUUGGCACCUUACAAUUGGGGUUUUGUUAAGGCAUUAGAAAUUAUGUGGCGAGGGUUGGAGGGAGAGGUGUUGGAGCUCAAGGUCAACUUGGUGGCAAACUCUAAUACCUAUUUCGGGCGUGCGAAGAAGAAAAUGUCCUUCUUCUACCCCAUAGUGGAUUUGAGCAUGUUGGAUAUCUUAAAGGUUAUCCAUAAUGGCCAACUGGUGGAUGACAAAGAGAUGUCCCCUUUCGUUUAUCCAAAUAUCCCUCAGUUGCGGGCUUCUAGGAUAGCCGUGAUGGCGAUAUGA